UUACAUUCAGGAAACUCGUUGGCGAAAAAACAAGAAGGCGGUUGGUAGCCUAGCUAUCUGUGUUACAAGGAAGAUUCGUGGCUAAAUCAACGUAUGCUUGUCUUCUGACUUGUGCUGAAGUUGAGCAACAGAAAUGGAGGAGACCGGGGGAGUUGGUGGCGCUAGUGCGUACGGAGCUUCGCUCGCAGGCGGUGGCUUCGACUUUCAGAAGUUUGCUAAACAACCGCACACUAUCGUGCGCUUCUUGAGUUGGAUUUUUGCCAUCGUGGUCUUUGCCUGCAUCACGGCGGAGGGAUUUGUCAACAAGGCGCACAGCCACGAGGCGCAUUGCGUCUUCAACCAGAAUGACUCGGCGUGUCACUACGCCGUUGGCAUCGGUGUCAUAGCCUUCCUGGCCUGUUUUGGCUUCCUCUUAUUGGACGCCUACCUGCCGCUGAUGAGCAACGCACAGGAGAGGAAGUACGCUGUCUUGGCCGACCUGGGAUUCUCAGGUGUGUGGACGUUCCUGUGGUUUGUGUGUUUCUGCCUCCUGGCUAGCCAAUGGGGUCGUACGUCUGACGUCAGAGGAAUCCCCCAGGACGCCGCCCGCGCCACCAUCGCCUUCUCUUUCUUCUCUAUCGCCACCUGGGGAAUCCUAACCUACUUCGCUUUGGGGAGAUACCGCCGCGGCGUCGCCGAUGUCACCCAGAACAUCUACGCCGAGCCUCCGCCGGAGCAGCACACCCCUUACCCUUCGACCUACGCCCCCUCGGCCUACACCCCCACCACCUACUCCCCGUACCCUUCCAGCGCCCCAGACGACUUCCAACAACCCCCCUUCACCCCCACCCCCCAACCCCAGGGGGACUACCAACCCCCCAACUACUGAGGGGCUCCGGGGUGAAGUUUCCCCUAGGUACAGAUCUAGGAUCAGCUUCACUUCCCCCAAUCCUAACCUUAACCAUUAGUGGGGGUAAAUGCAAAACUGACCCAAGAUCAGCGUCUAGGCCAAGGGGCAAUUUCACCACUAUUACUGGGAUAGAAGUAUGGAAGGAGGUGGAAGCUCCUUACCACCAGACCUGGGUUCAAAUACUAUUUGAAAUCUUUCAAAUACUUUCAGUGUUUUUGGCUUUUGUCUGUCUGGAGUGCCGGGUGGGCAGGGUUUGCACUCAGCCAACUUUUCUAUUGGUUUCAUUUGCAACAGGGAAACAACAUGAAAGCACAGACCGAUAAAGUAUUUGAAGUGGUUUUAAAUAGUGUUGGAACCCAGGUCUGCUUACUAAUAAUUCAGAUUGACAUGUUAUCUCAUCACCUUGGUGAAGGAUGAUGUGGUUAAAGGGAGACUUCUACCCUGUGCCAGGGGCGCAGCUGAGGGGGAGGGGCAAUAGUCAGAGCCUGGUCACAUGACAUGGGAGACUGGAGGUCACAUGAUGUGGGAUAUGCGAAAAUGGCCAAUGAGAGCUCUCGUGGGUGGGGCCAGUGCUUGCUUCAGCUAAUCGGUGUUCCUUUCUCCCCCUCUCGGUUCCGAACUCUAAUCCCCUGCUUUUGUGUUCCAGAAGGAAGGAGAAUGUGUAUAUGUCUGAGGAGGCUGGUGGGAGGAACUAUAGGAGGUCCGGCUCAUUGUAUUGGCUGGAUUGAAUGGAACGGUAUCAAACAUGCAAACUACGUUUGACUCGGUUCCAUUUAUUCCAUUCCAGCCAUUACAAUGAGCCGGUCCUCCUAUAGCUCCUCCCACCAGCCUCCUCUGGUAUCUGUACAUACUAGAUAGUCAAAGCGCCAUUUUGAAUUCUUCGAAUGGCUGUAUAGUGUGUUUUUUAAACAUUUUAUCUUUUUGUUUUCAAUUUAGCACAAUUAUCUUUAUGAUGACAUGCAAGCACAAUGUUUUAUUCAAUGUCAAAAAAGUAUGUUUAUUUAAUUGACCAGUGUAUCGUGAGACUACUGAAUUCUACAGGAUAAGCCAACUAUUAUAAAGCCAAAUGCCCAAGAAAGCCUUAUUAUUAAUGUCCUAUGUAAACUGCUGGGUUUUUGUCCCACUUCAGGAGCCGUAGGCAUACUUGGAAUUGUGCACCAAAUGGCGCCCUAUUCCCUUUAUAGUGCACUACCUUUGACCAGGGACCAUAAGGCUAGUGCACUAUAGAUAUAGGGAAUAGGGUACCAUUUAUGACGCAGACUGCAAGUCUUUUUUUCAUAACUCUUAAACCCUGUCUAUCUGAUAACAGUCAAGCUAAAGCCAUAAAAAGCAAGAGGAAAAAACCUUUAAACCGCACAUUAAACCGCCCGUUGAAAACAUAAGGCUUGUUUGCUCAACUGAUCUCUGUGUAAUAUGCAUGUUCCUAUCCAGUCAUUAUGUAUUGAGUGAGUUUUCAGUCAUAUUUUAUACAUUUACUAUAGCACCUGGAUGAGUUGAAACCAGGCUGUAACCAGGUGAUGAUAAAUUAGGAUGUGUACCAAUUCUCUACCCUUCUCCCAAAGUGUGCACUGCACUGGCCUACUUUUUCCCAUGGCUUUGAAACUCCCUCCAGCCAAUGCUUACACCAGUGCAAUGCUUUAGAACCUAUAUGUCUUUCUGAGUCUGAGACCUCUCCCUGCUUUGUACUACUAAAGGUUAAAAGUAUAGUAAUUCAUGAAUGACCUCUUGCUGCCAAGACUGACUUCAGUACCCUCAGUGCUGCAGCUGGGUCAUGUUCAUUAGGCACCAAAUGGAAGAAAACCAAAUGAAACCGGGAGGGACUACCUGGACUUGUCCAAUAACAAAUCAUUGCUGUCUAAUGAAAACAAAAACGUUUCAGGAAAUAAAAAAAACGGCCACAUAUGGACAUUAA